CAAAAUUGUUGCUGGUUUUGAUAUUUGGACUCCACGCUAGAUUACUACUACGGGCCCUCUUUAAAUGAGCCUAACCUCACCAGUCACCACUCCUGUUGCUUCCUUGGUAACAGUAACAGAAGACACAGUAGUAGCAGUUGCAGGCGCCGUUGCCCUUUUUAUACUCUUUCUCCCCCCCCUCACCUCUUUCCAAUUCAACUUUUGUUUUUUUCUCUCCCACACUCAUUCUCUUCCUCUGCAAGACUCUCUGAUGAGGGGAUGAGGAGUCUCUAUGUACCAUUAUAAACUGUUUAACUUCUCCUCUUUACAAGAGCUUCGGAGAUAAAAACAUUUGAAAAGCAAGAAAAUGGUGGGUAUAUCUUCUCUUCCUCACUGGCUUGAAACUCUUCUUGGAGAGAAGUUUUUUAACCCUUGUUUGAUUCAUGAGUCUGCGAAGAAGAACGAAAAGAACAUCUUUUGCUUGGACUGUUGCACAAGCAUCUGUCCUCACUGCUUAUCUCCUCACCGCUCCCACCGACUCUUGCAGGUACGAAGGUACGUUUAUCACGAUGUUAUACGGGUGGAUGAUAUCGAGAAAUUAAUUAACUGUGACUAUGUUCAAUCUUACACCACAAACAGCGCAAAAGUGGUGUUUUUGAAUCAAAGGCCUCAAUCUAGGCCUUUCAGAGGGUCCGGUAACGUCUGCACUAUCUGUGAUAGGAGCCUGCAAGAUCCAUAUCUCUUCUGCUCUCUUGCCUGCAAGGUUCGUCAACUGGUGAGGACUGAAGGUGGGAUAUCGAAAUACCUCUACGAGUGCGAAUAUCUUCCUUUACCAGAAGGAACGAAGGGGGAGAGCUGCGACCUCGACGACGGCCAAAUGACGCCUGACUCGGUACUUGAAUCGCCAGUUUCUCUUCUCACAUCUUCAGGGUCGAGCGCAAGUGGUGGUGGAGUGGGUUGCAAGACCCUUGCAUGCACUGCUACUACAGAGUUUGUGAAGAAGAAACGGAGCAGCAUCUCAGGUCCCCGGACGACGCCGUAUCGGGCGACAUGUUCUCGAGUGUCGGAAAUCACAAUGAGUUUGAAUAGGCGAAAGAGCAUCCCUCACAGGUCGCCUCUGUAUUGAAUUGGUACGGUAAUAGUAAUUAAUAGAUUUUUGAAAAUGUGGUAAAGAGGAACUGAGGGAGGAAAGGGGAGUUUUCGUUCCUGGUCUUCUGGGGAUAGGUUAUUAUUUGGUAUAUUUUAAUUUCAAUUUCAAUAUCUAUGUUGAUACUCAGAUGGUCUCUUUGGAAAGAGGUGGAGAAAAAGAAGCAGAAAUCUCCCAAUUUUGUAGAGAAA